AUGGAUAAAUUUGCCCGACAAGCACUAGCUGAAGGUAUAACGUCACGCGAUGACAUCGUAGUCACAAUGGACUCGGAAAUAUUUCGUACUCUGAAUCAACAUUACAAUAGAAACAAUCACGUUCAGCCUCCUGAGAAUCUGGUCAACGUCGUACAAGAAUCGUUGCGUGAAUUCUUUGAUGCGAUACGUCUUGGGAAAGAUGCUGAACCAUCGUGGAAAAAGCAGAUCUAUAAAGUGAUCAAUCGAUUAGAUGAUCAAAUACCCGAGUAUUUCAAAGAUCCGAACUUCCUGGAGCGACUCGAAUAG